AUGAGGAAAGGCUUUCUCCUCUCUUCUUCACGAAAGUCCGCAGAGAUUCGUUCAUUGGACCCCUUCCCAUCGUCAUCCGUUUCCGAGCCUCCACCCGAUCACGAUGUAACUCGAGUUCUGUCCAGGACUCCUCGUAUCGUUCUCUCGGACACGAGAAUACCCGGUGCACCUUGUUUCCUUUACCUGCCCCAAGGAAAGCAUGACAUGGUAUACAUCGACAAUCUCGCCAAGGUUAAAGAACUAUCUACAUGGACAGUGUGGAAUAGGCCUACUCCUUCCGACAAUAGGAAUGCCGUCGUUUUUCGCCCUGUCGAGGGCAAAGGCGUGGGUAUGAUCGCUCGUCGAGCGAUCAUUGCUGGGGAACUCAUCAUCGCCGAGCGGCCAGUCUAUGCGCAGCGGAAGGCGCUUCCGCGGUGUGAUGCAGAAAACGCUGUGAACGGCGUUUUUCACCUCUCCUCUGUGAAGGACCUCAGUCCCGCAUCGCGCGAAGCCAUCUUUUCGUUGAAGAACUCGAAGACAGGCUAUCAUCCUCUUCACGGCAUCCUCCAGACGAAUUUCCUCAUGCUCGAUAUCACCGAAGAGCCAGACCCAGACCCAGAGAACCAAUUCGUGGGUAUCUUCCCCCUCCUUUCGCGGGCCAACCACGAUUGUACCCCCAAUUCUCACUAUUUCUUCAAUUUUUCGUCUUUCACCGGGGAGUUUCGUGCCAUGAGAGAUAUUCCGCAGGGAGACGAGGUGACGAUCGCGUAUACGCAUGUCCUGGCUCCUAGGGGUGCCAGACAAGCUCAGCUGAGGAGCGGUUAUUCCUUUAUCUGCUCGUGCGCGGCAUGCCACCUCGAUGCGAAACAAGCUGAAGCCUCUGACGAGCGGCGUGCGAGGAUCCAUCAGUUGGUGGAAGAGAUUACGCCUGGGAAUUCCGCAUGGCGGAAGCCUUCUUACGAGAGGAUGACGGAGUGCUUGAAUAUGGUAGAGAAGGAGCGCCUUGACAUUUAUCGUGCGCAGAUACUCUUCUACGGAGGGACGUUGCUAUUGCAACAAGGGGAUAUCACGCACUUUUUGCAAUGGAUGAAAAGAGCCAAAGAGGAGUAUCGUCGAUUUGAAGGAGAAAUGUCACCGACAUUCAAGGCCAUAAAGACGACAUCUGGCCUGGCGCUUCGCGUUGAAGCCCAAGCGGCGACUAACGAUAUUUCAAUACCAAUGUACUAA